CUGUUUUUCUUUUUCUUUCUUUUUCUUUUUUCUUUACAUCUAUAUAAUAUUACCAAUGGCUUCUCGUGUUCUCUUCAACAGCCAAGUGCUUCAAUCUGUUAAGCGUGCUGGUGUCCGAUUCUCUUCCACUGCUUCUGCUGCUGAAAAAGAAGCUAUCCGUGCUCAUGCUGCCAAGUCUGCUGAUACCUGGAAAAAGAUCUCUAUCUUUGUCUGUAUCCCUGCUCUUGCUGCUGCUAGUUUGAACGCUUACAACUUGUAUGAAAAGCACCACGAACAUCAAUUGCAUCAUCCUAAGGAAUGGGUCAAAUAUGAAUAUAUCAACUACCGUGCUAGACAAUUCUUCUGGGGUAACGAAUCCUUGUUCUUCAAUCCUGCUGUCAACUUGUCUGCCAACGAAGAAUAGAUAUAUAUAUACAACAGGAUAUAGGAUGUAUUAGUUUGUUUAGUUUAGAGUGAUGAUUUGUAUUAGUACUAGACUUUUUAAAUCAAAGAAAAUAAAGGAAAAGAAAACAGUUAAAGUACUGUUCUUCUUUAUUGAUUUUGUUGGAAUAUUCAUAAA